GUUGUAAAAAAACAACAUUUGACGUUAAAAACCUUUGAUUAUUCUUCCCAAAUUUUUCUUUUAACUUCCUGGACAGUUUUAAGAAACUUUUACUUCUAAUUUAAAAGAAUUAUGUGCAAGAUAUUGAUUUAUGGGUGUCAGGGUGUUAAUAACCAUACCAUAAAAGAUGGAACAACAAUUGUUUUUUGCCGAAGAAAUGGUGAUGCCACUUUGGGAGGCAUUCAGUCGGAGAUUAUCAUUCCGCAUGAUAUCCUUCCGGAAACGAAGGAAAUUAUCUUCAUGCCCUACAUUAAGGAGGAGGAAACAGAGGAACGACUUGAUGAGCCCCACUCAGAGACGGUUGAAGUGAUUCCUGAGUAUUCAGAUGAUGAUGAUGAUGAUUACGAUAAUGAUUAUGAAGAUACGCAGCCCAUUAAGGAGAUAAAGCAGGAAAAAGAGGAAGUGCCUACGCGGAAGACCAGAUCCGUAAAAUGUACAAAACCACUAAAGAAGAAGCGCCGAAGGACAUCCGGAAGCAUCAAGAGGGAGGAUAUUGAUUUUGUAACGGAAAAUGGGAGAUUGAAGUGCAAUCAAUGCGCGAAAACACUCAAAACUCAGCGAAGCUUCCGGAAUCACAUUAAAUUGCACCGGAGGCGGAAGUAUGAGUGUGAGCACUGUGGACGGGGCUUUUCGAGCAUUGAGAAACUAGAGCGACACAUGAGAGUCCACACAGGGAAGAAGCCCUUUAUGUGUGAACUAUGCUCCCGGACAUUUGACUACCGACACAGCUUGGACAUUCACAUGCGGAGUCACACAAAAGAGCGCCCCUAUUCAUGUCAUCUCUGCACCAAGACCUACACCACAAAGGGGAACCUCAAUCUCCAUCUACGUGCCCAUGCGGGUGUUAAGAUGUUCGUAUGCGAAGUUUGUGGGAAGGCGUGUGACACAAAGGGCAACCUCCGGAAGCACAUGGAGAUUCACAAUGAUGAACGUGUGUUUGAGUGCAAAAUCUGCCUGAAAACCUUCCUGCAUCCAGCAUCACGAGAUCGACACCUCAAAUCUCACACAGGGGAGAAAAAGCAUAAAUGCGACAUUUGCAAUAAGGCCUUUAUGAGGCGUGAUCAUGCAAACAACCACAUGGCCGUGCAUAUAAAGAAGAUUCAGCUUCAAGGACCAAGUUAGGAAAGAUAUUUCUUAGCAACGUCCUGUCAUUCCUUUGCUGACUUGCAGCAGCAAGUUCUGCUAUAUUGAGCGUCCCCCACGCCAACAAGGGCGCCAUCAUGUGGUGAACAUACUGAAACAUCAAACAGCAGCCAUUGCUGCGUAGCAACUUGAAGUUUAUAUUAGAUUGUCCAAUAUUUACACAGAUUUCUAACCUAAGUGUUGCGUACUCACUAACGGGCAAGCCGGAAUUGUAAAAUAUAGAUCCCAUGCUGGUCUCCGAUUUCGGGUAGAGCCACACAGAAUGAAAUGUUGCCGUGGAGGUGGAUUCUAUGCACUUUAUUACUUCAAUAUUUACAAGAAAAUUACACUAUUGAGUUCUAAUUGAGAGAGCUACUACUACGGUGCGUGUAGACGCGUUGACGGUUACCGUAGGAAGAGAACGAGUUCGUCGCGAAGAGCAACUCGUUGUGUUAGGGCGCUACAGAGAUGGCAGCAUUGACUGUCGCGUUCUACCACAACACUAAGAUAUUCACAUAAAUUCAGUAGAAUUUUGAUGUUCUGUCUUAUUCAUCCCCAUUGAAUGUAAUGGUAAAAAUGUUAGGUUAGAAAUCCGGAAAAAUAUUGGACAAACCAAUACAUUUUUUGAAUAAACUUUUCUUCCCGGAACGGUUUAAUGUGCUUCCCGUAAAGUGCCAUAAGAGUUUGGAAGUUGUAUAGUCAUCCUUCCCAUUGCAUCAGGAAGUUUUUAAGGGAUAUUAGGAAUCUCAUUUUUUACACCCGGUUGAUCCUUGAUGUCAUCUUUGGAUCAAAAUCUGAGUUUAAAAAAAAAUUCUCGCAAAUUGCAAAGAGGACUUAAAUGAACAGAUUUUGAUCCAAAGAUGACAUCAAAAAUCAGCCGGGAGUUGAAAAGAAACUUCCUAAAAUCCCUUAGAAUCUUCCUAAUGCAAUGAACAGUCUUCUUAAACAACUUCCAGGCACUUAUGGCACUUUCCGGGAAGCACAUCAAACAAUUCCGGGGAGAAAAGGUUAUUCAAAAAAUGUACAAAUUUCAAGUUGCUUUGCUGUGCGUUGAUUCAUAAAUAAAACGUUCUUUGCAAAUAA